UAGAACAAGAGGGUCUGUCGCAGCGCAGCAUCCACCCUCCCUCUACUGUCCAUCCAGAUAUUUCUGCUGCUAACCCUCCUUCCCUCCCUGAUAGGUAUAGCAAGCAGCGCAGCACGUCUUACUGCUUGUACGAGAAUAGACUUGUUGAAUUGUUACUUAGAAGAGCUAGUGAAGCAAACAACUAUUAUGUUUAUGACGGCGGAGGUUUUGGGAAAAUUCUUCUUGCUGCAAAAAGACACCCUCUGUGGCUUUCCAAUGGCUGCUGCGGCAACCACUAAUUCUCUUCUUUUUGUCAGACCAAGACCCAUGUUUGCAAAUAACAUUAAAAGAUCUCAGAUGAUGAUGGCGUGCUGUUGUAGUGUUGGAGAACAAGUCUUCUCAGUCACACCCUCUAAUAAUUACGAGGUUGAUUAUUUAGGACAGAGCACUAAAGGGGAUUUGAAUCUUAACUUUGACCAUCUUGACGCCGUUGGAAUUGAUGGUCCAGCAACUUUACAAGGUCCAAUUGAGGAGGUUGCUAGAAAAAAGGCUGAAGAAGCUGAGAAUUUGCUUAAUGACUUGGGCAUUUCGAGUCCCUCGUCAGCAAGGAAUUCAUCCCGCGGCAUAUUUUGCAGUCGUACUUUAAAUCUUAGGUCAAUUAGUGCCAUUGGAUAUGACAUGGACUACACUUUGAUACAUUACAAUGUGAAGGCCUGGGAAGGACGGGCUUAUGAUUAUUGCAUGGGAAAUUUACAAAGCAUAGGUUUCCCAGUUGAUGGACUUGCAUUUGAUCCAGACUUGGUAAUUAGAGGUCUUGUUAUAGACAAAGAGAAAGGCAACCUAGUUAAAGCAGAUCGGUUUGGUUAUGUAAAAAGGGCAAUGCAUGGCACCAGAAUGUUGUCUACUCAAGAUGUUAGUGAGAUGUAUGGGAGGGAACUGGUUGAUCUGCGGAAGGAAAAUCGAUGGGAGUUCUUAAACACACUGUUCUCUGUCUCGGAAGCUGUGGCUUACAUGCAGAUGGUUGAUAGAUAUGAUGAAGGAGCUAUAUCAGCUGAAAUAUGUCCACCUGACUAUAAAGGACUUUACAAGGCUGUUGGAAAGGCUUUAUUUCGGGCACAUGUUGAGGGUCAGCUUAAGAGUGAGAUCAUGUCAAAUCCUGAAUUGUUUGUGGAGCCUGAUCCAGAAUUACCUUUAGCGCUGUUAGAUCAAAAGGAGGCUGGUAAAAAGCUUCUACUCAUUACAAACUCUGAUUAUCAUUACACGGACAAAAUGAUGAAGCAUUCGUUUAACAGAUUCCUACCAAAUGAUAUGGGCUGGCGAGAUCUGUUUGACAUGGUGAUAAUAUCUGCAAGAAAGCCAGAAUUCUUUCAAAUGUCACACCCAUUGUAUGAGGUGGUGACAGGUGAGGGUUUAAUGCGUCCAUGCUUCAAAGCUCGUAAAGGUGGAUUGUACUCAGGUGGGAGUGCUCAGAUGGUUGAAAACUCCCUAGAUAUCCAUGGGGAUGAAAUAUUAUAUGUUGGUGAUCAUAUAUACACUGAUGUGAGUCAAUCUAAAGUCCAUCAACUAUGGCGAACAGCAUUGAUUUGUCGAGAACUGGAAGAAGAGUACAGUGCUCUGAUUCAUAGUAGGGAUCAUCGGGCCACACUGAUUGAGCUUAUUAAUCAAAAGGAGGUGGUGGGGGAUCUCUUUAAUCAACUUCGGCUAGCUCUGCAAAGGAGAAAUACAGGGCGUCCUGCUCAAACCCUUGCUGCAACUAACAUGGAUGAUCAAGAACUCACAGAAAGCAUGCAAAAGCUAUUGAUUGUUAUGCAAAGACUGGAUGAGAAAAUUGCUCCAAUGCUAGAAGCAGAUGGAGAGCUUUUCAGCGAAAGGUGGGGAUUUCUUUCUCGUGCAGGUCUGUGGGAUAAAAGCCACUUAAUGAGACAAAUAGAGAAGUAUGCUGAUAUAUAUACCUCGAGGGUCUCAAAUUUCCUGCACUAUACCCCAUUCAUGUACUUCCGUUCACAAGAGCAGACGCUAGCUCAUGAUUCAUAUUCGCACUACCAGGCACAGAUCAAUGGGUCUGCUGUUGACUCAACCGGUGCUAAUUAAGACCACAAUUGAAAUGGAAACCCUGCAGGUGUUGUUACCAGCUGUAGUUGUGUUAAUGAUAUUAUUAUAUAUAAAUGAUCUGUACACUACAAGAGCUUGAACAUUGCAAAUUUUAUCUAUAAAAGAAAUAAUCAUGUUGGUA